UCUGGUGGUGAUGCCGACGGUCGUCGAGAGGUUCGUGGACUGGACGGUGUCGUGUCUGCCGAUGUACGGAGAGGCGAAGCUGCUGCUCAUCAUCUACCUUUGGCACCACAACACACGGGGUGCGGGGCACAUGUAUGAUGGCUUCCUCCAUCCGCUGGUGGCGUGGCACGAGGCCGACAUUGACCGGGGCCUUCUUGAUCUGAGGGCUAGGGAGAGGGACGUGACGGCAUCACAACUCAAGGCGGCAGCUGCCAUCGGUCAAGUGUUUUGUCACAGCUGCAGGCCACGAGAUCAGGCCGGGAAGGUGCCACGCAUUGACGAGUGAGCCAAUUUUUGGAUUGGACCAUAACAAUGUGUCUCAGUCUCUGACGUCUAGAAGUAGUGGUAAAGUUUUGAAUUUCCAUGGCAAGAACCACUUACGUAGGUAGCUGACACGUACAACACUGUGUUUACACUCUUACUUAUGUAAAAGAUAU